GUGCACAUGUGAACUUUGCCCCCAAACGUCAGUGAACGUUUGCUAAGGGUUGAGUUGAACGCAGCAGUCAAGAUGAGCGAAGUUAACGGGUCUUUCCUUCGUGUUGAGAAUUUGUUGUGGCCUGGAGUGGUGACCCUCAUCUCGGGGUUCCAGUUGACAAGACUUGCAAUUGGAGUAGGUGCAGCGAGGAAGAAGCACAAGGUUGCCUACCCAGCAGUAUCAGGGGACCCAGCCUUUGAAAGAGCAUUUCGGGCUCAAAUGAACACACUGGAGUUCCACCCUAUCUUCAUGACAUGUCUGUGGGUCUCCUCCAUCUUCUUUCAUCCAGGUGUAUCUGCAGGUGUAGGACUCAUAUACGUGUACUCGAGAGAGAAGUACUUCAAAGGUUACUGUCAGAGUGUAGAAGGGAGGUUGCCGGGCUUCAUACUGGGAGUGAAGUGUCUACAGAUCCUGCUGGUCACCGGUGCAGCUGGACUCAUCACGGUGGGCCUCCGCCACUACACCGGGACGGACCUGGCCAGCAUCGCACGCUCAUACAUCAGCAAGGUGCUGCCAAUCAACUAGGCCAUCGCUCAUCGCCAAGCUGAUGAUAUUGAAAUGGAUUGAUUGUUGUGAUUUAAAUCAUUUAUUUUUAUAAUAAUAAUUUUUAAGGUAUAGAUUAACAUUUUAGUCUUUAUUUUAUGUUGUUUCUGUUUUCUUCUUUAGUGAGUGAGUGAGUGAGCAUGGUUUUACGCCGCUUUUAGCAAUAUUCCAGCAAUAUCACGGCGGGGGACACCAGAAAUGGGCUUCACACAUUGUACCCAUAUGGGGAAUCGUACCCGGGCCUUCAGCGUGACGAGCGAAACGCUUUGACCACUAGGCUACCCCAUCGCCCCUUUCUUUAGCAUAUCCAGGACACAUAUGAACAGUCACCAUACACAAAUGUAACGUGACGGGUAAUUGUUAAUCAUAAUCAAGCUUCUUUUGAACCAGUGCUUUUAGAAAAAAGAAAUGGAUUGUUUUUUCUUCAAACCUUUAGAAAGUUGACUUGCCUAGUAUCACACUGAAGUGGCCUUCAUUAACUGAGCAUAGGUAUCUUUGUGAGGAAAGAAAUGAUGUCAUCUCUGAAAUCAAACUAAGUGUCUCCUAACAGAGUUUCAGGACAGAGUUUGCAGUGGACACUACUCCCUCUGGAAGGUGGAACAUGGGUAGACUGCCAUCAAUCAUUUCAUUGAGUCACAGAAAGCAUCCUAACUCUCCUACCCAGAGUUCCAUGUGGCAAGCCAGCAUAGUACCUCUGCCACAGGCCUGAAAA